AUGAGUACCCCGCCAAAGCUGCCACCUUCAUCAUGGGACAGCCACAUGCACAUUGUCAACCCAGAAAAAUACCCCCUCGCGCCGGAUGCGCAAUAUGUGCCCCCUGUCCAUACACUCGCUGAUGCAAUGUCUUUCGAAUCUUCAGUUGGUAUGCGAAAUAUCGUCUUAGUCCAACCGUCCAUAUACGGAUUCGACAACUCAUGUAUGCUUGACGGUUUGAAGGAACUGGGCUCUAGUCGAGGAAGAGCGGUGGUCUCGCUGGAUCCGGACAACCAACCGUCUGAGGAUACCCUAAAAUUAUGGCAUCAAUGGGGCGUUCGAGGAGUGAGACUCAAUUUGCAAUCUACCGGCAAAGAAUUAAAUGCCGAGGAACUAAAAACGAUCAUGCACAAGUACGCAGAUAUAAUCCGCCCGUAUGGCUGGGUUCUACAGCUCUAUAUUGCCCUUCACCACAUCCCCCUUCUGCAGGCUGUUGUCCCAAGUUUAGGAGUUAAAGUCUGUUUCGACCAUUUCGGAAGCCCCAAGCUACCUGCCCCGGCUACUAGUACAAGCCAUACGACAAAAUUAGACCCAUAUUGCCUCCCAGGUUUCAAGGAAUUGAUCGAGCUCCUCAAGAAUGGUCAUACGUACGUUAAAGUAUCCGCCGCAUAUCGACUUACCAGCAACCCCGAAUUUGACGGCCUGCGGGAAAUGUGCAUGGAGUUUAUGCGUGUGGCCCCAGAUCGGGUAGUGUUUGCUACGGAUUGGCCGCAUACAAGAUUUGAUUCGAUCGAUAUUGUUCCGUUUAUGAAAGCUUGUGUCGACUGGUGCCACGGCGACCAGGCUAUGGUUGAGAAACUAUUCCAGCGCAACGCAGAAGAGCUUUGGGAUGUCAAGGCUGUAACUGAGUCGUGA